AUGGGUGGAGAACCUCCGCAUUUCGCCCCCGCCCAAGCUUCGCGAUCGCUGCCCCGCCUAGCGGAACGUCCGGUCGGCCAGCGCAUCACCAAGAUCUACACAGAUAGGCUGCGUCAGUUCACAGGUACUGGCCAGUACGAACAUCAGAAUCUGGUCUCGAAAUAUUACGAAGCGGUCAAUUCCGACGACAACCAUGUCAAGCUGUCGGUUUAUUCAGUGCCGAACCUGGAACGGCCGACCUUCGAGGAUGCGACUUCCCAGGAAUUCCGGCCGACUCGGGUUGGAGAAUCAUUUGGUCCUAGCUGGUCGACACACUGGUUCCGCAUUCAGCUCGCAGUUCCCCGGGAGAUGGCCCACAAGGAACGACUGGAGUUCCAUUGGGAUGCCAAUAACGAAGGCAUGGUGUGGACGGAGGACGGACACCCCUUGCAGGGGUUAACUGGUGGUGGAGAGCGAACUGAAUGGAUUCUCCCGACCGCCUGGCGUGAUGGGAAGUUGCAUACCUUCUAUAUCGAAAUGGCUUGCAAUGGGAUGUUUGGAAAUGCCCCGGGAGGUGAUUCGAUCCAGCCACCCAAUCCGAACAAGUACUACCAGCUCAACAAAGCACAAAUUGUUGCGGUCAACUUAGAAGCGCGGGCUCUCUACUACGACUUUUGGAUUAUCGGCGAUGCCGCCCGUGAAUUCCCUGGCGACUCUUGGGAAGCUCACGAGGCCAACAUGGUGGGCAAUGCCAUGAUGGAUGCUUUUAUUGCGGGCAAUGGAAGCCAGGACUCCAUCAAAGAGGCACGUAAGAUUGCGCAAAAGUACCUGGGUGAUAAAGUGGACAGUGCAGAUGUUUAUGCAUCCGACACCAACCCAUUUGUCUAUGCGAUCGGCCAUUGCCACAUUGAUACUUGCUGGCUGUGGCCCUGGGCGGAAACCAAACGCAAGGUCGCACGAUCGUGGUCGAAUCAGUGUGACUUGAUGGAACGAUAUCCCGAGCAUCGCUUCACCGUUUCUCAGGCCCAACAGUUUAAGUGGCUUAAGCAAUACUACCCAUCUGUGUUCGACCGUGUCAAGCGAUGGGUGCGGAAAGGUCAUUUCCAGCCAAUAGGCGGUAGUUGGGUCGAGCACGACACCAACAUGCCCAGCGGCGAAUCACUGGUCCGUCAAUUCCUCUACGGCCAACGAUUCUUCGAAAGCCACUUCGGAAAGCGCGCCACUACGUUCUGGCUGCCAGAUACGUUUGGGUACUCCACACAAAUCCCGCAAAUCUGCCGUCUUGCCGGAAUGAGCCGUUUCUUUACUCAGAAGUUAAGCUGGAACAACAUCAACACCUUCCCGCACACCACCUUCCAGUGGGUUUCCCUGGAUGGCAGUCAAGUGUUGUGCCAUAUGGCUCCCGCGGAGACUUAUACAGCGGAAGCUCAUUUCGGUGAUCUCAGGCGCAGUGUAACCCAGCACAAGUCGAUGGACAAGGAUAAAUCGUCCUUACUCGUCUUUGGCAAGGGGGAUGGUGGUGGUGGUCCUACCUUUGAGCAUCUUGAGAAACUGCGCCGAUGCCGAGGUCUUAGUGACAAGAUCGGCACUCUUCCAAAGGUCACAAUGGGCGACUCGGUUGACGACUUCUUUGACAAGCUGGAGGCAAAUGCUGCUGAUGGUACCGAGUUUGCGACCUGGUACGGCGAACUGUACUUCGAGCUGCACCGUGGUACCUACACUACCCAGGCCAACAACAAGCGCAACAACCGCAAGUCUGAGUUCUUGUUACGCGAGAUAGAGCUUCUGGCCACUUUGGCUACCCUCCAUGGCUCGGACAAGAGCUACAAGUAUCCUAAGGAGCAGAUCGAUGGAAUGUGGGAGGGCACCCUCCUCUGUCAAUUCCAUGACUGCUUACCGGGCAGCUCUAUUGAGAUGUGCUAUGAUGACUCGGAUAAGUUGUAUGCUGAGAUCUUCACAACUGGUCAACAGCUGCGAAAAGAUGCCCUUGCUGCAUUGGGUGUCACUGGCAGCACUGCUCUGGUAGCUCUCAAUACUCUUCCUUGGCCUCGCUCGGAGGUAGUGAAAAUUCCCGAACCCCUUGUGGCCUGCAAUGGAUCCAAAUAUGCUCUGGUCGACGGCUCGACUGGUGUUGUUGCAUGCCAGCCUGUUGACUUCAAGACCACAACUAGAGUGACCGUGUUUGAAACCCGACCUGGUGUAUUCCGUCUGCAGAAUGGAAAACUCAAGAUCGAUGUCCAGGAUGGUGUAAUAAUCUCCUUGUACGAUGUCGAAGCCCAGAGAGAAGUUAUUUCCAAGGACGGAAAGGCCGGUCAACUGGUCAUUUUCGAUGAUAAGCCUCUUUACUGGCAAGCCUGGGAUGUGGAGGUGUUCCACCUCGAGUCGCGAAAGGAGCUUCCUCCUAGCAAAACUACUAUUGCGGAGAAUGACCAGAACCGAGCGAGUGUUGUAACGGAGACCAAGAUCAGCGACAAAAGUUGGAUCAAAACCACCAUCAGUCUUUCGGCUUCUGUCUCCUCUGAACCCUCGUUGGUCGAAUUUGAGAGCGAGGUCGAGUGGCAGGAAACCAUGAAGUUCCUCAAGGUUGAGUUCCCGGUGGAUGUGACGAACACGGAAGCAUCUUACGAAACUCAAUAUGGUAUCGUCCGACGCCCGACGCACUACAACACAAGCUGGGACAUGGCCAAGUUCGAGGUGUGUUGUCACAAAUGGGCCGACCUUUCGGAGCACGGAUACGGCGUCUCGAUUCUCAACGACUCCAAGUACGGAUUCGCUACCUGUGGCAACCUGAUGCGCCUCUCGCUGCUUCGUGCCCCCAAAGCUCCAGACGCCCAUGCCGAUAUGGGCCGUCACCGUAUCCGCUACGCCAUCCUCCCCCACUCUGGUGGACUUGAUGCACGGACAGUCCGCGCCGGCUAUAACUUCAACCAUCCGCUGGCUGUGGAGCAGGCAAGUUCCCAUAUUUCCAGCUAUAACGCCGCCUUCAAGUCUGUUUCCAUUCAGGGCGGGUCAUCGAUCAUUUUGGACGCUGUCAAGCGUGGCGAGGACGACGAAGACGUCUCUACCGGUGGCAUCCCCUCACGUCCUGGCAAGAGCGUGAUUCUGCGCGCCUAUGAGUCCUUGGGUGGGAAAGCGCGUGGUUCGAUCCAUAGCUCGUUGCCUGUCAAGCGAGUCUGGAAGUGCAAUGUCCUUGAGGAUGACCAGGAAGAAUUGGAGAUUCUUAAAACUAGGGAGGGAUCCACCACCGUGGAUAUCGAGUUACGGGCGUUUGAGAUUGCCACUUACCGGCUCCAGCUGUGA